AUGUCGAUGAGUCCUACUGCUUCAGUCUCAAAUGGUUCUGAGUCUGCUACAAAACGACGGCGAACGAAUGGCGCUGAUACAAACGGUUCUCCAGCAUCGAUCCCGGCGGCUACACCAUCUUCACAUAUUCCAAAGAGAGGUGCCCGGGCCUGCACUGCCUGUAGGAAAGGAAAGAAUCGUUGUGAAGGGGAUGCGCCUUGUCGACGAUGCCAAUUGAGCGGGACCCCUUGCAUAUUCGAAAAGCCCGAAAAGAAGAACGCACCCCCCGCAGCGGCUGGAGUUAAUGCCGAACGUCUCUCUCGCCUGGAAGGCCAAUAUUUGGUAAUGCAAAGCCAUAUGAUUGGCAUGCAAUCUUCUUUGGACAGGAUUCUUUCAGUUGUGCAAGGUCAAGCACAUUCAAGUGCCAUGUUUCCUCCUCCUCCUCCACCCUCGCAGGCUCUGGGAAACAGGUCUUUCGAGGAGGAGCGAGGCGACAAGUUUCCCCCCCUUCCCGGCUUUGCACCACCCCCUCAUAAAUAUGCCACCUACGGAAUCAUACCCAGCACUGCAGCCUCUUCUGAGGAUGAAUCUGAAGACACCCUUCCACGUGCCACUCUGAAUGCACCUAUCGAAGCCCUUCAGGGGUUAGCGAAUGCUGCUGCCGAAGCCGCUGCUGUCCCUUCUACCUCCGCACCCAGAGUCAAGAAACGCAAGCGCGCUGAACCAAUUCCCCGCAACGCCUUUCCUCAUGUGGUAGAGAAGGGUCUCGUUGCGGAUUCAGAGGCUAGAGAAUUAUACAACAUUUUUUUUGCAGGAUGCCAUCUCUUCAUACCGGUUUUCGACCCAUUGUAUGAUACAUAUGAAAGCUUAAUGGAACGUACGCCCUGGACUUUUGACGCAAUUCUUGCUGUUGCCGGUAAAAUCCGGAGCGGUAACGGUCCCCUCAGUCCGACGUUCUACAAGUGCUUGGAAGAAGCGCAGGGCAUAGCUCGUUCAUCUCUCUUUGGGCCUGUGGUCCGGAAAGAGGCGGUCCAAGGAAUGUUGCUGUUGGCAGCUUGGAGUACCAAUGGCUGGCUACCUUCUGGCCAUGCUAUGCGAAUGGCACUUGACUUAGGCCUCCAUCGCGCGUUAGAAAAACUUGCUGACGAUACGGGAAAACAAAGAACACAAGAAGAAGAACGAGAUCUAGUCAUAUCUGCCCGUAUCUGGCUAUGCCUUUACUGGUUUGAUCACCAGAUGAGCCUUGGUACUGGCCGGCCGAUUGUGCUGCGCGACGAAAAUUCUAUUCGACACUGCCGGUUGCUUCUUGGUCAUUCUAUGGCUUCACCCACGGACGUAAGACUCAUUUCCCAAGUCGAGUUGAUUGCUCAGAAGACGCAAAUUUACGAAACCCUGGCUCAAAUGAAUGGCCAAGUAAACCACAACACUCUAGCUUUCAUCCGUCGUGCUACAAUUGCACUUGAGAAAUGGUACAACGAGUGCGAUGAGCUUCAUCGACAAACAAUGGACGAAAAUUCUUUGCUUCGAAAGAUUCUUGCUGGUGAAUUGCACUACGCCAAGCUUUGGCUAGUCUGUGUGGCGCUCAGGGGCGUAUCCUGGGAUAAAAUGCCUUUUGAACAACGCGAACUUGCAUUCCAAGCCAAGGAUGCUGCAUCCAGCUGCUUGGACAUAUUCCUAUCCUCUCCAGAGUACCGUGCUGCCCUCAGAUAUGCAGUUCACGAUAGCCUUGUGACUGCAGCAUUCUCUGGUCUCUUCCUGUUGAAAAUGGCCAGUUUGUUCCCGGCGGAAUUGGAUCUAGCUAUGAUCACUGUCCAAGUUGAGCAGCUUGCCCAACUUUUGUCGGAUGUUGCCGCGGAACGGUAUGCGCUCACACUUCGCAUAAUGCUUGCGAACCUUCGUCGAAAGGUUGGUCUUGGAAGCGGAAUUCAAACUCCCGUUCCUCACGGGGGACCUCCUCCGCCAGGAUUUGCCGACAUGGUAGUCACCCCCACCUCAUAUGUGGAUCCAAACCUUCCUCCUCCUUUCACCAUGGAGGAGCUAGGAUUUGCUCCUGGAGAUCGUAAUAUUGUCAUUCCUGCCGCUAUACCUCUUUGGCUGCAAGAACAAAGCUUGAACGACCUUGGUCUUCCCGUUAACGGUUCGGAUGGUAUCUUUUUGCAAAUGGCUGGGAACGGAUGGGCUGGAGACUUCGCUCCCAUGCCUGAGGCAUGGUAA